GUGCCAACGCGGACUGCUCUACUGUUCAAAGAUUGCAAGGGGUGGUGUCGCGAGAAGCUGGUAACCGACUGUCAGUCAUAAUGCUGCUGAAGUCACUAGCAUCCCUCUGCAUCCUUGCUGUUGCUGCCUUUGCAGUCCCCGCUCAGGAGAAGCGCAUCCAUCACCAGGCUGAUCUGAGUAACCACCCCCACGAUGAUGGUCACGGCUUCCAGUAUGACCAUGAGGCCUUCCUGGGCAAGGAAGAGGCCAAGACCUUUGACCAGCUGACUCCUGAGGAGAGCAAAGAAAGAUUAGCGAAGAUCGUAGACCGCAUUGACACUGACAAGGAUGGCUACAUCAACCACGCAGAGCUGCACUAUUGGAUCAAACACCGGCAGAGGAGGUACAUUGAGGAGAACGUGAACAAACAUUGGAAGGACUACGACAAGAACCAAGAUGGAAAGAUAGGCUGGGAGGAGUACAAAAACACCACCUAUGGCUACUAUCUGGAUGAGGAGUUUGAUGAUGUUGAAGACAAGGCCACCUAUAAGUCUAUGCUCACCCGGGACGAAAGGCGCUUCAAGAUGGCUGACCGAGACGGUGACGGUAUCGCCACACGUGAGGAGUUCACUGCCUUCCUUCACCCGGAGGAGUUUGAUUACAUGAGAGACGUAGUAGUGCAGGAAACUGUGGAGGACAUUGAUAAGAACGGCGAUGGCAAGAUCAACUUGGAUGAAUACAUCGGCGACAUGUUCACACCAGAGGAUGGGGAGAGCGAGCCAGACUGGGUCCAGACAGAGAGGAAACAUUUCUCUGAGUUCAGAGAUACCAACAAGGAUGGCUUCUUGGAUGCUGGUGAGGUGGCCCACUGGGUUUUGCCAGGAGAGGUUGACCAUGCUGACAACGAAGCCAAACACUUGAUCCAUGAGACGGACACCAACAAGGAUGAGAAAAUAACCAAGAAAGAGAUUCUGGCCAACUGGAACAUGUUUGUGGGCAGCCAGGCGACCAAUUACGGGGAAGACUUAACGAAAAGACAUGAUGAACUUUGAUGAACCAUCAGAAGCUCAUGUGGGUUUACAUUGCACAAGCAUGUAGAAUUUGGUUACCAUGUUUUGUUUUGUUUUGUUUUUUGUGGGGGGGGACAUAAGGGUAUAAUCAUGUGCCCUCGUUCACACAUGCAUGCACAUACACACAGACAUACUUAUCCAUUCAAGUGCACCAUGCACUCACAUACUGUGUAUGUGAAUACCAAUGGUACUGAUGGUCCAACACACACACUCCUCUUUGUUUUAUUUACAUAUCCAUGUGAUGUUUUUUUUAACUGAGAUGCCUCAUAUCCUCACAGAUGACAUAUUGGUGCUGUCCAGUGAAAACUGCGUAUCUCCAAAAUUACAACCGAACAGUGGAUAAUGUCCAAACUGCACUGGCAGCCAGCUGGGAGGAAGCUGUUUCUAUGAGCCUUAAAGGUUCAAAAGUGGUCUCAACACAUUUGCUCUUACAUAAUGAGGAGCAGCAACCAUUGGAGAUACAGAGUUUUUAUCUGAGACAGACAUAUAUGAACAUUUGCUGUCACUGACUGAAAGGCUGUUACUGAAUUGUUUGGGUUUUACUAUUAAAGUCUUCUUUUUUCUACAAA